AUGAAGUCUUCUACCGCUGUUUUGCUGGCUUCAGCCGGUCUUGGCCAGGCCCUUCAGCAGUGCUCUGGUACUUCCAAGAAUGAGGGUGGUAACUGGUGGUGCGGUCUUGUGAACCAAAUCCUGUACUCCAACGUUGGCCACCCAGGCACUUACAAGGCCGUUUCCAACAUGGCAGACGAUGGAUCCUGCAGCUUUGAGGAUGUUGCUUUCUCAGGCCCUUUGGCCCCUUUCAACGAGGAGCUCACCCCUCUUUUCCGUGGUCCCAUGAACCUGAAGCAAGUUGCCGUGUACAACCUUUCUCCCAAGGCCAAGCGCUCUCCGGCUGUUUCUCACACUCACGCCCGUCGACACGGCCACCACCACAUGCACAAGAAGCAUGCCGAGGCCCACCAGCAUGCAGAGGAGAAGCGCGGCGAUGUCUGGGUUACUGCCACCAUUGACGGCAUUGUUCAGUCUUGGAUCAACACCUGGAACGGUCCUACUCCCGAUGCUGCUCCUGUGGCUGAGACUCCUGUUGCUGCCCCCGUUGUGGCGCCUACACCUACCCCUGCUCCCGCUGUCCCCAAUGUCCUGGACCUGGUUGGCUCUCUCGCUGCUCCCAAGGCCUCCUCCAGCUCCAGCAAGGCCAGCACUCCCUCUACUGGUAGCUCAGGCAGCGACUACUCCCGUGUCGGCUACUACAAUGCUGAGAAGGCCAUUGCUGAUGGUAUCGUCUUCCUUGGCAACUACGGCGGCCAGGGCUCUGGCAAGUUCGACAAUGUUUUUGGCAACUCUCUGUCUUACCUGAACUCCGAUGCCACUGGCGGUUCUUCUUCGCCCCAGGUUCUCGACCCCGUCUACCUCCCUUCCAACAAGGAGUUCGCCAUCUACAGCGACAAGCAGUGCACCGACGGCAGCUGUGGCUACUACCGCCCCGGAUCCGUUGCCUACCACGGCUUCAAGGGAGAGGACUCCGUCUGGCUGUUCGAAUUCAACAUGCCCAUGGACGGCUCCACUGGUUUCAACGCCGACAUGCCCGCUCUGUGGUUCCUGAACGCCAAGAUUCCUCGCACCGCCCAAUACAACUCCUGCUCCUGCUGGCCUGACUGCGGUGAGAUCGACGUUUUUGAGGUUCUCGCUCCUGGCGACACCAAGUGCAAGUCUACUUUCCACUCGAACGUGCCCGGUGGCUCCUCCGACUACUUCGACCGUCCCACUGGUGAGCCUAUCAAGGUCGCCACUGUCCUUGACGGCGAGUCCGGUCAGGUUUCUGUCAAGAUCCUCGACAGCAGCGUCGACUUCUCAACCGGCCUCAGCCGUGAGCAGGUCGAGAGCUGGCUCAACAGCGAAUCUACCUCCGCAAACAACAAGGUCAGCUUGUUCGCUCUCUCGACCUAA